AUGAACUUAGUGGUGCUGCUGCUGCUAAUGCUGCUGUUACCACCCCUGUCUCUCCAAAAUUCAAACCCCUCAGACACCAAGGUUGCCACGGGGAAAGUGAUCCUUUCUGCCCUGGAGAAAGCCACCUCCUAUUUUGAGAAGAGAUAUAGAGAAUUUAAUCUGGAUUCAUUGGUGGGAUUUUUGAUGCUAAAAGAACAGCUAACUGGAGUCCUGGAAAAAUGGGCCCAUGACCCUCAAGUGAAAUCCGUGACCUUGAGUGUGGAGGAGCUACUAAAAAGGCUGUCAAUAAUCAUCCCCAGAGCCAAAGUUUUCCUCAAAAUUGUUGACUUCAAAUAUUUAAAAGAAUUCCAAGAGACUCUACGGCCAAAGUUUUGGAAGCUUCCUCAUUCAUGGAGUCACACAAAUACUUCCAUGAUCUACUCCAAGUUUGACAACUCAAAUCCUUUUCCAGCAAAAUUCAGUGAUUCAUGCAUGACACUAUUACUAGGAACCAAGGAGAAGAAUGGACAGCCCUGCAGAAUCACUGACUAUUGCAUGGGAAUUAUGACUGCCCCUGGAAGAAGUGGCGAAGAACUGGUUAAACAGCUCUUCUACUUCCUAAUAGCCAAAAUGAAAGAAUGCUCAAAUGAUCUGUUCCUCCGAUCAAAAUACUACAUGGACGUCUUUUGCGCUAACAUGAUGGAAUUGAACUUGAGAAGAGAAAAAAAUGGACUCUCAUUCAGAAAUAGAAGUUUCUUCAUGACAUAUAUCAUGCUCUGUGGAUUUUCUGGGUACUCAGAUUUCUACAAGAUCCAAUGGAUUAAGACUAUUCUCAACUGGCAGAAUUCUGAGGAAGGAUGCUACUGGAAGAUUUUUGUCGUUGGAAACCAACCAUUAAUGAGAGGCAAUCGCCCUGAAGGUGGCUGUUCUUCCCUGAAUACAGCAGCAGCAGUUGCUUCCUUGGGUGGAUUUCUUUAUUACUUUACAGAAAAUUCGCAAACCAUCAAGAAGUUACAUUAAUGCCUUACAACAACCAACCAGCAACUAAAAUGAAUGACUCUGUACCUGAUAAUCCUUUUUGUAAUAUGUUCCUUUGGGUCCUGAGUUUGCAUAUAUUUCUAAGGAAAGAGAUCAGCAAAGUACAGGUAACAGAUUAGGAAAACCUUGUGUUAUUCUAAAUCAAAGCUAGUAAAGAUAGAAAGAACAGAGUAACAAUAUUAAUUGUUUCCAGCAAAAUGAUUUCAUGAAUGAUCCCCAGGAAUAAUUAAAGUCAGUUGGAUUCAACCCAUUUUAAGCACCUUUUAUGUGCAGAGAACUGUGGUAGGUGCUAGGGGAGAUACAAGGAUGAAUAAGUAUUGCUUUUCUCACAGAGCUUAUACUUCACAGCACUUGCUUACUGAGGGAGCCCCCCAGAACAUUUCCUUAUCACAGUCAUUUUGGUCUCAUAAAUAAUGGUAUCUGAUUUUAAAUAAUAAAUGAUUAUUCACAAUGUCCACAAAUAAGGACUCUUAUCUCAAUGGACUUACCAAGCAUGGAUUAUUAAACACUUCUUCAUACUCUGCUGACGAUCCCUUUUGGGGAGGGAUCCUAAAUAU